AUGUUCUCGUUCACGAGCGACGCCUACAAGGGCAUCCACAGCGCCAACAUUGCUCGACACUCCGGCGACAUUCAGCGGACGCUGCUGCCCUCCUUCACAGCCGUGUUUGCUGGUGGGCUAGCGGGAGCCGCGUCGUGGGGCCAGGCUCAGAGCAAGGACCUGCUGCCGCGGUACCUCAUGGGCCCGGCCAUCGUCGGCGCCGUUUGCUGCGCGCUCUACGGCAUCGCCUGCGUCGCGUGCUUCGUCCUGCUUCAAAAGUACGACAAUUAUCACGAGCGCAAGUCCGGCUCGUCGGCCCAUGAGCUCAAGCAGGAGCACCCGAUCGGGCACUGGCCGCGGCUUGUCCUCAUGGGCACCGGCGCGGCCGCAACCGUGGCCAUGGGCAGCUACAUCUACAUGCUGUGGGGUGUCUUGAGCGACAGCGAGGGCGACUACUGCAUCACCUGGACGCCUGCAACGAGCAAGGCCGAGUGCGACCCUGACUGGUCGUUCGUUCUCGGCUACGCAUUCGCUCUUCUCGCCCUCAUCGUGGCGGGCGCGCUUAACGAGAACGUCGUGCAGGAGGCCGUCGACUAUUUCGACAACCGCAAGAUGGUACACGCCGCAGGAGGCCUCAAUUCGCAGCAGGGCGGCGGCAACGGCGCGGGCAAGGGGUACGGCGGCGACGGCUACGACGACUCGCAGGGCCUGAUGGGCGGUCGCGGAGGCGGUCGAGGAGGCUACGACGGCGACUCGUACGCAUGA